UCUUCACACCUUGAUUCCUGGAAACUACUGUGCCGUGCAGUACACAGAGCAGAGAAUUCUGCCCACAUCUGUGUUAACUUCUCUCGAGUGCUUGGAGGAUCUAAGUCAGGGUAUGGAUCCUUUGGGGUGAGAGUGGUGCUCCUGAAGCUGCAGGCUGGAGAGCCAGGAAGCCAUCCUACAGUGGGAAGCCAGGACCAGGAUAGGUUAGUUUCUCAGGACAAAUGGGCUCCCUGUUUGGCUCAUGGUACCUUGUCCCAAACUGUUGACAGUUCAUCAAAGGUGGGAGAUCCACCAAGGCAGAUAAUGCUGAGCCAGUCUGGCGCAGAGAUGGUAAUGGCAGCCUCAGAACCGGGACACUUGCUUCCCAGAGCUCCCUGCCCCAGUAGUUCCCUUUGUGAACCUGUGUAAAAAGCAGGGGCUGCAGCCCUCUAGAAGUGAUACCUUGAAGCAGGAAGGCUGGGGGCAGAGAGGUUGGUGGCUGGUUGAGGUAGAACACUCCUUGUACAGACCACAGGCAGGAAGGCAAGGGACUGAGAGUUCCUGGGGACCAUCUCCCAGAGUGCAUCAGAACCAGUCACCUCAGGGUUGUUUGGAGAGGCUGUGUGCAGUCAGGCGUCUCCCACCAGAGAGCAGACCUUUUGGUUGUUGCCAGGUGGGUUCUUGGUGGGGUCUGCACUUGUCUUUAGCAUGAACCUUGCCCACAGGUCUUGCUUUCCCGGUCUCCACUGGCCUCUUGACCACCCACCACACCUAGGCAGUGAACCUAGCAGGGCUAGGCCUUGGUAAUGGGUAGAACAUACAGGAGGCUGGGGUUUCCUCUUUAACGAAAGAGGGCUAGGUUUGGACACCUGAUCUGUAGAAUAACCUGCCUGCCACUGCUUUCCCCUUCUGGAUAAAGUGGUCUGGAUCCUUGGCCAAGAAGUGGCCCCAGGGAGGCUUUGUUCUACUCGCAAGCACCCGGGAACCGUUCCCUUAUCCCAGUUAGAGGACGCAGCUUGCGUUCAGUGUGCUGAACUAAAGGGGCUCUAACCAAUAAGCAUCUUUCUUGGUCAUCACGUGGCUUCUCUGCCAUUCUCUGAAAAGGAAAGGACCUGUUCUUUUGUUGGUGGCAGUGCCUUGAGCAGUUACUAGAGAGCUUUCCCCUGAAAAUUGCUGUAGUUUAUUAAUCUUCGAAAUGGGUUCCUAAGCCUCCCCUUGCCUCGGAUCUGAAGCUUCGGGGUCAUGGUUCCAGGCUGCCACCCAGUGGCAGCGCUCCCGGCUUCCGGCACGGAGUUUACAGUUCCUUAGGGAGACUAACUACAGAGACGAGGAGUCCGUUUCCCAGAGCGGCCCCAGGGUACCUCCGGUUUCGGACGCGGGGUGGGGAGGUCACUUCCGGUUGGGUUGCCGUGCUGCAGCGGGUGGGGCUAUUGGGGCCUGGCCCGGCGGCGGCUCCUCUGCGGUGCUGAGGUCGCCCUAGAGGGCUGCGUCCCGGGAUGCCCGGGACCCUCAUGGCCUGGUGACUCGAGGCCCUCUCCUUGCCAGCUCCUCUCCACCCCGCAGACGGUAAGCCAGCUCUCCAAAUAAACCCCGCUACCAUAGCCUCCGGCUUGAGCCGAGUCUUUCCCUCGCAUGUCUUUUUGAUGUCCUUCAGUGAAGUUUUACCAUUUUGUCCCUGGCAUUUUGGACAACACUUGAUGGCCAUUGUUGAAUGUAUGGUUAUGUAGAUGCGUUGUGUGCAUCUGUUGGAGAGUCUUGUGCUUCUAGUAGCACCAGUGUGGCUUACUGCUGACUUCCUCCCCUUGGAAGCCCAGGGUACCAGGCGAUGGCAACUUUGCACCUGUCUGCCCUGCCCCAGCAGCCCUUGUCAUUCCAGGCUGAGGUGACCUUUGAGGACGUGGCCGUGCUAUUCUCCCGGGAGGAGUGGGGCCGUCUGGGCCCUACUCAGAGGGGCCUCUACAGGGACGUGAUGCUGGAGACCUACAGGAAUCUGGUCUCCCUGGGAGCUGGACGUGCAGGUCCCAAGCCUGGGGUGAUCACACAGUUGGAGCGAGGGGAUGAACCAUGGGUCCUGGAUGCACAGGGUGCCAAAGGGAAAGGGCGACCGAGAGUCAGUGUCUCAGCUCGUGGGACCAGGACUGAGUACAGUGAGUUGUCUUCAGGAGAAAUGCUUGAUGGGGAAGAACUGGAUCGACUCCAGAGUGCUGUUUCCCAGGGACCUGAGCCUGGAGAGGCCCGUGCGUGUGUCCGGGAGCCAGAGGACAGCCUGGACGAGCCUGUGGAACAGAGAUGCCUGAGGCCAGUCAUAUGGACUAAUGAGGAGAGCAUCCAGGAUUCUGCAGGGAGCCUCAGCUUCCAGUCAAGCCCGAUCUCUGACCAGAGACCUCACAAAUGUGAUAUAUGUGAACAAAGUUUUGAACAGAGAUCAUACCUCAAUAACCAUAAGCGUGUACACAGGACAAAAAAGAUAAAUGUAGUCCAUGAUUCUGGGGAAUUCUUCAGUGCAAAUCUGGCUAAAGAAGCUCAGAUAAUUCCUCUUGGGAAAAAAUUGCAUCAUUGUGGUUACUGUGGGAAAGCCUUCAGGUACAGUGCUAACCUCGUCAAGCACCAGCGGCUUCAUAGCGAAGAAAAGCCCUACAAGUGUGAAGAGUGUGGGAAAGCCUUCGGCCAGAGCUGCGAGUUCAUCAGUCACCGAAGGAUGCAUUCAGGGGAGAUCCCCUACCGGUGUGGUGAGUGCGGGAAGACAUUCAACCAAAGGCCCAACCUCAUGAAGCAUCAGAGGAUUCACACCGGGGAGAAGCCCUACAAGUGUGGUGAUUGCGGGAAACACUUCAGUGCCUAUUCUUCCCUUAUUUACCACCAGAGAAUCCACACUGGAGAGAAACCCUAUAAGUGCAAUGACUGUGGGAAAGCCUUCAGUGAUGGCUCAAUCCUCAUCCGGCAUCGUCGGACUCACACUGGAGAGAAGCCAUUUGAGUGCAAAGAAUGUGGCAAAGGCUUUACCCAAAGUUCUAACCUUAUCCAACAUCAAAGAAUUCACACUGGGGAGAAACCCUAUAAAUGCAAUGAAUGUGAGAAAGCCUUCAUCCAAAAAACCAAACUGGUUGAACAUCAGAGAAGCCACACUGGAGAGAAGCCCUAUGAGUGUAAUGACUGUGGCAAAGUCUUCAGCCAAAGCACACACCUUAUUCAGCAUCAGAGGAUCCACACGGGAGAGAAGCCGUACAAGUGCAGUGAGUGUGGGAAGGCCUUCCACAACAGUUCCAGACUCAUCCACCACCAAAGGUCACACCACGGAGAGAAGCCGUACAAAUGCAGCGAUUGCAAGAAAGCCUUUAGCCAGGGUACUUACCUCAUCCAGCACCGGAGGAUCCACACGGGGGAGAAGCCCUACAAGUGCAGCAAGUGUGGGAAAGCCUUCCGGCACAGUUCCAACAUGUGCCAGCAUCAGAGGAUUCACCUCCGGGAGGACUUUGCGAGGUGACUGUGGACGAGGGCCCAUGAGUUCUGCUGGGCACUUCUCCAGAUGACCCACUGCACCCCUUUGUUUAUUGUCCGUACAGUGUUGUCACAGAUGAAGGGCAUUUCUAAUUAAAAACAAACGCAGCUCUUUCCUUAAUCCCGAAGCCGUGCAUGUUCAUUUUAGAGAAAUUGAGAGAGAGGUAGGCAAAAAGAAGUUCUCGUGAUUCCGCCCGUUUAGAAAAUGAAUCCAUUACUGCUGAUUUAGCAUAAGCUUCCUUUCACACAGUUCAGCGCGUUGUCAAAAGAAAAUACUGCGUGCUUGUCAUUGCAGCACAGAGGAUCUUCCUUUGUUAUUUCCUCGAUCCUAGAAAAGUCACCCUGGAAAAAUUCUACAUAUUUACAUAUUGUAAUUUAAAAAGAUUAGCAUAAUGUUCAUGCUUUUCCGUGUAUCUUAAUAGAGGUGAUAUUGUGGUAAAAUACACAUAACCUGAAACUUACCAUUUUUACCGUUUUUAGGUGUACAGCUCAGUGGCAUUAAAUACACUCACAAUGUUGUAUGACCAUCCCCACUAUUUCCAGAACUUUUAUGAUCUGAAACAGAAACUCUGUACGCAUUAAAUAAUAACUCUCCCUUUCUCUCGGCUGCUGACAGUCUGUUCUGUUUUCUGUCUGAAUUUGCCUAUUCUGGCUUCUUCAGGUAUGGAGUCAUAUAGUAUCUGCCCUUUAUAUCUAGCUUAUUUCGCUUUGCAUAAUGUCCUCAAGAUUUAUCCAUGUUGUAACCUGUAUCAGAAUGUCAUUUUUUUAUGCCUGAAAAAUAUGACCUUGAUUUGUAGAUACCAUGUUUUAUUUAUCCAUUCAUCUCUUAAUGGGCACUUGGGUGUUGUAUACGCGUAUUUUUUGGAUCCUUUCAGUACUUUGGGGUAUAAUCCUGGGAGUGAAAUUGCUGGAUCAUAUGGUAAUUCCACGUUUAGCUUUUUGAGGAGCGGCCAGACUUUUCCACACAGUGGCUGUACCGUUUUAUAGUCCCACCAGCAAUGAAUAGAAGGUUCUGAUUUCUCCACAUCCUUGCCAACAUUUGUUAUUUUCCAUUUUUUAAAGGUUGAUAUAUUUAUUUCUGUACACGACAUGGGUCUUGAACUCACAACCCUGAGAUCAAGAGUCGCAUGCUCUUCUGACUGAGCCAGACAGACACCCCAAUUUUUCCAUUUUUUAAAAAUAAUAUCUAUACUAAUGGGUGUGAAGUGGUAUCUCAUUAUGGUUUUGGUUUGCAUUUCCCUGAUGACUAAUGAUGUUGAACAUCUUUUCAGGCACUUAUUGGCCAUUUGUAUAUCAUCUUUGGAGAAAUGUCUGUCCUAGUCCUUUGCCAACUUUUGAAUUGGGUUCUUUCUUAUUGUUGAGGUGUAGGAGUUCUUUGUAUGUUUUGCGUAGUAAUCCCUUAUCAGGUAUAUGAUUUGGAAAUAUUUACUCUAAUUCUGUGAGUUCUGUCUAUUGUUAUUAGUGUCCUUUGUUGCACAAAAGUUUUUAAUUUUUA